GUGCUUUGUCUUGUUUUUCUGACUCACGAUUUGCAGAAUUUCUUCUAAUUAACAUUUAAGUGAAAUUUUUAGUUCAAUAAACAAAACAAGAAUUUACUUAUUAUAUUAAAAAACAACAUAUACUGAUAAGAAUACUUUUAUUUCGAGGAAAGUGCCAGUUUAUCCAAUUGGGUUUUCCCCAGGCGUUGGUAAUACGCAUCGAUUUUAAUAUAAAAUGCUUCUGCUGCUAUUGAAUUGAUCUAAUCGUGUACAAAAGACAAAAUAUCAAUAAUAAUGCAGUAUUACGUGGAAAAGACUGCAAAGGUGACAAUAUUGUUCACACUGAUUGUAUUGGGUAGGAGCAGUGACAUCACGCAGCAGGUGUUCGGCGAUGUAAAGGAGGGCAUCGUAGCUGCCUUUGGAGACUUCAAUUCCGAUGAAUUGACCGAUGUUUUUAUAAUAAGGGAUGAAAUGAGUACAUUAGAGAUAUUAUACGGUGCUUACACCGAGCCACUUCUACGACAUGGACCUUAUUGUAGUUAUGAGGAUCAUGAAAUAACUAGUGUAGUGCCAGGCGAUUUUGAUGGCGAUGCUUUGAUGGAUGUUCUUGUAACAUUGCGUCCAAAACGAGGUGCAGAGGAAAAUAUUUACAAUGUGCAUGUAAAUUGGGGCGGCCCAGAUGGUAUUAAUUGCUCCGGUGUCAAAAAUCCCAUUUUCCGAACCAAGGGCGAACCUCUAGCACUCGACUUCAAUCGUGAUAUGAUUAUAGAUCUCUUUGGGCUAGAUGAGGAUGGCGAUCGCACAUUUUGGAUAUUUAAGCCUUUGCGCCAGUCGCCAGAAAAACGCAAGCAAGCUCCACCAGGUGGAUCAGGCGCUUCGGUUGAUUCUAUUCGCAUUCCCAAUGCAAAUGCCUAUUUGGACUUCAAUGACGACUUUACUGCUGACCUUAUCGUGCAAACGAAUAAAAAUUAUGAGGUUUGGUAUGGCCGCACUGAAGAAAAAGAAGAUUUCAGUUACAAUCACAGCAUUGAUUUAUCAGUCAUUGGUUCACCCGACUUUACCAUAGGGCAAGCUGUAUUCGCAGAUUUUGAGUUAGAAGGAGUUGAGAACAUUAUAUUGCCUGUGUGCUUUCGUAAAGAUUGUUCUAAUUCGACAAUUCUAGUAUAUGAUGGAAAAAAUUUUCGUGAUAUACAUGUAAACUUUAAAGAUCCACAAGGUGUAUUGUGGGGUUUUGUGCACCCAAUUGAGACAGACGUCUACCUGAAGACAAUCACAGCACGCAGCGGAGAUUUCAACAUGGAUGGUUAUCCGGAUUUAAUUUUAACGUUGCAAACAGUAAGCGGAUCAAAGCAUAUGCAAACUUUUCUCUUAGAAAAUGUGCCUUGCAAGAUGUGCAACAAGCCACUGAAGCGCACUUUUGAAGUGAAAUGGAAUGGACUAAGUCCAAUGGGAAAUGAAACUGUUGCUGGCGCAUUCUACGACUUUUAUCAAGAUGGUGUUCUAGAUGUCAUACUUAUUGAAAAAACUAAGCAAGGGAAAUACCGGCCACUAGCGUUUCGCAACACUCUUGACUACGAUGCGAACUUUGUUAAAGUUAUCGUUCUUACAGGUCUUAUAAAUAGCAAAAACCCUACACAAACUACACCGCUGGGUAGAAAGCGCCGCACUUAUGGAACCAACUUACCCGGCCCACGUAUUAUUUACUCAACCACUACACAGGAAGGUGAUCAACAACAAGGAUCAAGCGUACAACUUCCACAAUCUGCAUAUUUUGCCCUGCAGCUGCCUUGCACCAUUUUCGGUCUUGGACGUACGCCAAAUUUCGUAGACUCUCUUACAGUUGGUUUGGGUAGCAAAUCGCGCACUUGGACCCAAGUUAUACCCAACUCACAGAUGAAUGUUGUACCAGAACCAGUGAGUGAGCCACAACACUGGAAGGCACAGCUUUUUGUUACACCCAGUAAAUUGAUUCUAAUGAGCGUUGUGGCGUUGGGCGGUACGUGCCUGGUCAUAGUGCUCAUCAUACUUGUUCUCUACAUCAAGGAAAAGCGCGAAGAUAAGCAGGAGAAAUUGCAGGAGGCACAUCGAUUCCAUUUUGAUGCCAUGUAAUCAAAUCAGCUGCAUUUCCUUUUUUCGCUGUUCUGUUAAUAUUUUAUUUCUGAAACUGAAUUUUUUACCUGAUUAGCAAACCCCUUGUGUUAAUGUAAUUUUCUUUUUUUUUUUGAAAUGCAUUAGUUGAAAAAGGUGUAAAUUUCAUUCAUAAAUUGACAUAAUAAAUA